UACUCGGGUUUUCUCUCCUAAACAAUCCAUGAUGCUUUCGAUUUCUCCGAUUAAAAACCAAACGCUUCACCGUGUGUCUUACCAUACACUCGGGACGUGCAGAAGCGUCAACACCGAGCAUAAGGAGUGGCUGCAGACGCAGGGUGAAAAAAACCACAAAACCGUUCGCUUAGGGGAAUAUGUCUCAGACCUGGGGCAAAUGGCGCUAUUGGUCUGUUUUAACUCUGCUGAUCGUCAGUCUGUCUGCCUUCUGUGCUGAUGGAUAUGUAGUGGAUCCUCUUUUACAAUGCCUGAAUGAUGAUGACUACGAUGAACUUGAAAAGAUAAUAGACCAAGGGCUUCCUCCUACAAGGACUCCCCUCAGUGUGGCUAUCAUUGGGGGCGGCAUCGCAGGACUUACAGCAGCCAAACUUCUAGAGGAUGCUGGGCACAAGGUUACGAUCUUCGAAGCAAACGAUCACAUCGGUGGAAGAAUCCAGACAUACAGGAUGAAGAGAGAGGGCUGGUAUGCUGAACUUGGUGCCAUGAGGAUCCCAGCUAUGCACAAGAUUCUUGGAAUACUGGUGAAAAAGAUGGGUCUGAAAUUGAACAGAUUCAUUGAAGAGGACAUAAAUACUUACUAUUUUGUCAACGGGUUGCUUCAAAAAACCUACAAAGUGAAGGAGAAUCCUGACGUGCUAAACUACUCUUUGAGUGAGCAUGAGAAGGGGAAAACAGCCAAAGAACUUUUUGACAUGGCGUUGUGGAAGAUAAGAGACGACCUGAAGAGAUAUGGCUGCAAUGAAACAAUGUUGAAAUAUGAUUCGUAUUCUGUUAAGGAGUAUUUGGUUAAAGAGGGUAAACUGAGCCUAGGAGCCUUGCGUAUGGUCGGGGACAUUCUUAACGAGAACAGCUUCUUCUACAUCGCUCUUACAGAGAUGCUCUACAUCCAGUCGGAUAUAAACGAUGAGACAGAGUAUUUUGAAAUCUCUGGUGGCUUUGAUAAGUUACCCAGAGCAUUUUAUGAAACAUUGAAAGGAACAAUCCUGCUGAAAUCAAGAGUGAAACUCGUCAGUCAAACAGAAAACAAUGUGACAGUCUCUUAUCAAGACUGGCGCAACCCCACCGUGGCGACCAACUUCACAUUCCACUGUGCCUUGGUAACAACUACAGCCAAAGCCACACUCUUCAUGAACUUCCAUCCACCUCUGUCGCCUCAGAAGAUGGAGGCUCUGCGCUCAGUUCACUACUCCAGCUCCACCAAGGUGGUGCUGAGUUUCCGUCGCAGGUUCUGGGAGGAGGAAGGCAUCAAGGGAGGGAGGAGCAUCACGGACAGGCCCUCCCGGUUCAUCUACUACCCCAGCCACAGUUUCCCUGGGACAGAUGGAGGGGCGCUGCUGGCCUCCUACACCUGCUCCGACGAUUCCGCGCUCUUCCAGGGGGUGCCGGACAAGGAGCUGAUGGCCAUGGUGCUGAACGACUUGGUGAAGAUCCAUGGCGACUACAUCCGCAGCCUCUGUACUGGAGGCAUUGUGAAGAAGUGGGGAGAGGAUCUUUACAGCUACGGUGCCUUUGCGAUCUUCACACCCUAUCAGAGGACUGACUACAGCUCUGCCCUGUUCAGGAAGGAAGGCAGGAUCCACUUUGCUGGGGAGCACACAGCCACACCUCAUGGCUGGAUUGAGACUGCCAUGAAGUCUGCCAUUAGAGCUGCUAAGAACAUGAACAGUUUGGUUCAGUAAGCUGCUUGUAAUUUGUAAAUUUGUCACUUUAGUGUAGGUGUAAAAAAAAUUAAUUAUUUAGAGCAUUUGUACCUUGUUUUAUACCUCUUUUGGGUUAGACAACUGCAAAUAAAUGACAAAAAUGAAUUAUGGAUCUGAUUUUUUAGAUGUUAAUACAAUAACAAUUAUUUAUGUGAAAUCAGACAUAAUUUAGAGGUUCAUUUAUACACUAGUCGGUCUUGUUCUGAAAUGUCCAAGCAGGCUUUGGCCAGGGUUGGUCUUAUCGGUAACCCAGAGAAUGAGCUUUCUCAUAAACUGUUAGGCUUUUAUUUUGUCAAGUCGUCUUAAUCCAACAAUACAUUUUAGGCUACAAUUUGUAAUA